AGCUUUCAUUCUGGCUUGCAAGUAUUGAACAGAAUAGUCAUUCAGUUAUCUGGCUUGCUGUGCUUGGUGAUCCAUGUCCUAAGAGUAUAAGAGCUCAAAUUGUAUUCAAAUUACGUAACUAUUUUUAAGCAUCUAUUUUUGACUCAUGGACAUCAGAUGAGGUUCUUCCUUUUAUUAUUGUAGUGUUUGCUUUAAAAGCAAACCAACAUUUUUCGUACAUUUUUCAGUUUUCAAAAAUUAAGAGAACAGCAAAAUGAAUAGUGUUGGACAAGAGUGUAGUGACUUGAAGCAAACAUAUGAUACUUGCUUCAAUAAGUGGUUUGCUGAAAAGUUCCUGAAAGGUCUUGCAGAAGAAGACAAAGACUGCAACAAUAUCUUCACAGCGUAUCAGUCCUGUGUUAAAAAAGCCCUCAAGACCCAAAACAUCAGCCUAACUGAAGUAGAAAAAGAUGUGCUUGGGACAUCUGAAGAGAACAGAACACCUCCAAGUAGUUGAUAGAAUGAUUUAUGUGUAAUUUUUUAUUGUUAUGUUAUGCUAGCUGGUAGAACAAGUUUUGUAUUCUUAAUUCCUAAAUUAUUCUACCAUUGACUAGAGUGGUUUUCUUGAUGUAGAAAUGAAUAAUGCAAAUCAUU